AAUUAUGGCUCAUCGACUGGCGGUCGCGGCUCUUGGGCCCCCUUUGGCCGCCGCGUGGCGGAGCCGCUGCCGCGGGCACCGGGAACUGGCAUUGACCAGGCAGUGGUUUAAGAGGGUCCAUCCAGGCUGCAUCACAUUCUUCCAUCACUGGUUGUGCUGCAAGUCACCUGAAGGCUUUGAAAAGAAAGGUGAAACGAGCCAGCGUCCAACAGACAGUGCUCCCGAUGAUCAAAAGCCUCACGGUUCCAAAGGUCCCGGUCACCUGAAAAAUGCAGGGGGCAGCAGUGGCGGAAGAAAGGAAGGAGGAAGUAAAGAGGAGGAUUCCGGGCGGUGGAGUCGAAUGCAGAAGGGAGAGUUCCCAUGGAAUAAUAAGGAUUUCCGGUACCUGGCGAUCAUGGCAGCUGGCAUCAUCUCAGGAUUCCUGUACUUCUACUGGCAGGAUCCGGGCAGAGAGAUCAACUGGAAGCAAUUUGUGCAGUACUACCUGGCCAAAGGACUGGUGGAGCGACUGGAAGUGGUGAACAAAGACUUUGUGCGGGUGUUCCCAAUCCCUGGAGCCACCUCGGAGAAGCACAUCUGGUUCAGCAUUGGCAGUGUGGAUACAUUCGAACAAAACCUGGAGACUGCUCAGCUGGAGCUGGGGAUCGACUCUGCGCACCACGUUUCUGUGGUCUACAGCACGGAGAGCGAUGGCUCUUUCCUCCUGAAUAUGGUGUCCACCCUGCUGCCGAUCGGCUUCCUGCUGCUUCUGAUGCGGCGUGGCUCCUCGGGCGGUGGGGGCGCCGGACGGGGCAAAGGGCUCUUCAGCAUAGCAGAGACCACGGCCAAGAUCCUGAAAGGCAACAUUGGCGUGCAGUUCAAAGACGUGGCUGGCUGCGAGGAGGCCAAGCUGGAGAUCAUGGAGUUCGUCAACUUCCUGAAGAACCCCAAGCAGUACCAAGAGCUGGGGGCCAAGAUCCCCAAGGGAGCGAUGCUCACCGGCCCCCCAGGCACGGGCAAAACCCUCUUGGCCAAAGCGACUGCGGGAGAAGCCAACGUCCCCUUCAUCACUGUGAACGGCUCGGAGUUCCUGGAGAUGUUCGUUGGGGUCGGACCUGCUCGGGUGCGGGACAUGUUUGCCCUGGCACGGAAGAACGCCCCCUGCAUCCUCUUCAUUGACGAGAUCGACGCCUUGGGGAGGAAGCGGAGCCAGGGACACUUCAGGGGGCAGAGCGAGCAGGAGAACACCCUCAACCAGCUGCUGGUGGAGAUGGAUGGCUUCAACAGCAGCACAAACGUGGUGGUUCUGGCAGGCACCAACCGUCCUGACGUCCUGGACCCUGCGCUGAUGAGGCCGGGACGCUUUGAUCGGCAGAUUUAUAUUGGCCCACCGGACAUCAAAGGCAGAGCGUCCAUCUUCAAAGUCCACCUCCGGCCUCUCAAACUGGAUGCAAAGAUCAGCAGAGACACUUUGGCCCGGAAGAUGGCGGCUCGGACGCCUGGGUUCACGGGGGCCGACGUCUCCAACGUGUGCAACGAGGCUGCCCUGAUUGCUGCGCGACACGCCUGCCCCACCGUCAACGAGAAGCACUUUGAACAGGCCAUUGAGAGGGUCGUUGGAGGGCUCGAGAAGAAGACUCAAGUCCUGCAGCCAAGCGAGAAGGCCGUAGUGGCUUACCACGAAGCCGGACACGCCGUGGUUGGGUGGUUCUUGGAGCAUGCAGACCCCUUGCUCAAGGUCUCGAUCAUCCCCCGGGGGAAGGGCCUGGGCUACGCGCAGUACCUGCCCCGGGAGCAGUUCCUCUACACCCGGGAGCAGCUCUUUGACCGCAUGUGCAUGAUGUUGGGCGGCCGGGUUGCCGAGCAGCUCUUCUUCGGCCGCAUCACCACCGGUGCCCAUGACGACCUCCGGAAGGUGACGCAAAGCGCCUACGCCCAGGUCGUGCAGUUUGGCAUGAGUGACAAGCUGGGCCAAGUCUCCUUCGACCUCCCGCAGCAGGGAGGCCUGGCGCCCGAGAAGCCCUACAGCGAAGCCACUGCUGAGCUCAUUGACGAGGAGGUGCGUGCCUUGAUCAACACGGCCUACGAGAAGACCCUGGAGCUCCUGACUCACUUCCGUGGCCAGGUGGAGAAGGUUGGGAAACAUCUCCUGGAGAAGGAAGUCCUGGAGAAGGCGGACAUGGUGGAGCUGCUCGGGCCGAGGCCCUUUGCGGAGCGGUCCACCUACGAGGAGUUUGUCGAGGGGACCGGGAGCUUGGACGAAGACACCUCGCUCCCCGAGGGACUAAAGAACUGGAAACUCGAGCAGGAGGAGGAGGAGGAGGAGGAGGAGAGCUGACGGGGCUAAGCCCAGGAGAAGGACCCGCCUGGAACGGCACGGGGCUCAUCGCUGAAGCACUUGGGCCUGUUUUUCCACGGAUCAGUUUCCAGGGGAAACGUCGCCCUCGGAGGCCCUGAUGGGGCGACGUUGCAGCGGGGCGAGAGCGGAGCUGAGCCUUGCUUUGCCGUGGAAGCGCAGGUCUGGGGCCAUUCUUGACUGCUCGGGAGUCUUGGCUGUCAGGCGUCUCUCUUGCCAAGGGACCAGCCGCAGGGAUCGGGCAGCUUUUGUCCGCAGCAAGCCAGGAAAAGUAGUUGCCUCUCCCCUGAACUGACCACAAACCAGCCUCCCGCCUACCUGAGCCCGGUCCCCCAACCUCUUUCGGGGGGGGGGGCUUGCAGUCCCGUGCUCUGAGAAGGGAAGGGAAGGACAGGCACGACGUUUUCUUUCCAGCGGGGACCAGGGCUUGCCUCUCUCCGUGCUCAGUUCCUUCACUGCAGCUGCACCUUGACUACUGCUCCCCCUGCCAGCCAGCCAGACUGCCCUGCCUGUGAGCAAGAGAAGUCCUCCUGGGACAAGGCAACAAGCCAGACAUGUCCGGGGACAUCCUCUUCGGGGCUGGGAAUGGGUCUGUGUGAGGCGCGAAACCCCUUGAGCAGGGGCUGAAUAGGAAGAUGGUACUUCUCAAAA